AUAUGGGAAUUUGACACUGCAGUGCAGAAUGAAGAAUGCCAGCCUAGCUGCAACCUGAUUGGUCCAAACGCCAGGCAGGCCUUUCUCUUACUCUUGGUGACAUUUGCUUGGACCCCAUGACACAAUGACGCAAGGUACGUCGACCAUAGCCCCUCCCCCUUGCAGCCGUAACCGUUCCCCGGGCCCGGCUCCAGUUACAGUUUGGCGGCGGCGGCGGGUGUGUGUGCGAAAUGCCGAGGAAGAGGAGGAAUGCCGCCGCAUCUAGUCCGGCCCGACCGCCUGGACUGGGGCCUCCUCCCAGGACUGGCUCCGCGACAUCGGCUCCUGCCGCGGCGGAUCGGUCCCAGGCUCUGAUUCGUGGCCGGGCCUUGGGCUCCAGUUCAGUAACUGCCUGCGCUGCCAAUGGGGUAAACAAGGAAGAAUUGCUGAACAGGAUGACAGAGAUGUUCUCUCACCUGGACCCGAGCGUGGUAUAUGUGGUGCUGUCCGAAUGUGACUUCAAAGCUGACGAUGCAAUGGACUCUUUGUUGGUACUGUCUGAUGCAGCUGAAGGUGUAGCAUCUUCCAGCUUCACUGGAUUUGACCGUGUGGCAGCUACCCUGAGUGAUGAUCAAGUCAAUAGUAAGAUCAAAGUAGUCAUGAAUGACCACGGAAGUAAUUCGCUUGUUGUUUCUACAAGUACUAGAGAACCUGGAUUGCAUUUGUCUGAGCAAUUCAACUGUUCGCCUGACAAUAAACUGAAAAAUUCUCAGACAGAUACCAGUGAUGAAACUGUUUCAGAAGAAAACACAACUUAUCAACAGUAUCAGCCAUUUAUGAAUCAAUAUAAUUCUCCCAUCAGUCAGUUUUCCAGAAUCUGUGUGAGCAAUGAGUUAGCUGAGGCAACUCAAUCAAAUUUGAACUCUACUUUCAAUUGUAUGCUAAAUCAACAGCAAAUGGCAGAUGACACGCUGUGUCUCAGGCACUCACCAUUUGCCUUGAAUUCAAAAGAAUGUGAAGAAACUUUAGGUCAAUGUUUUGGUUAUGAAAAAAAUGUCUUUGAGAAAAGACCAGAAGUUCACUUAGAUUAUAACAAGUUGCUGUCAGAAGAUGUCGAAAGCUCUAGCAGCAAGAAAUUCUCUAAUGACCUUGGAGUUGCAUUUUCAAACAGCACAAACACAAGUAGUGCAGACAUUUGGACAAAUGAAACUGAAAACAACAGCUUGUCAGCAGGCAUUUCUGUGAACAUUGUCCCAAACACGUCUGGUGAUUCAGUGCUUACUGGUCAAAAAUAUGACAUGCAGUCAAAUUCUACAGAUCAGCAGAUUGGAUUAUCACUAAAUAGUAGCGUUUCUGCUGAAGGAGGAGGGAAUUGUUCUGGUACAAGUAACAAUGAAAUACCAUGGUUCAUACCAAAUACACAUCCAUCAUCUGCAGAAAACUACAAAUUAUUUGAAGAGACACAAGCAUGUAAAGGAACAAACCAAUUAAAUCCAAAAAACAACAUCCUCUCAUCAAAACCAUUAGCAAAUACAGGGAGUAAUUUGAACAAUAUACAACAAAACACAGCUUAUUUACCUGAUUGGUUAGGGGAAAAUAAAAGUGAUGACAACCCACCUAACUUACUGAACAAUGGGGGAGCAAACUGUGAUCAGUAUUCCGGUCGUGUGCUGUUUCCACAUGUUCCAAAUAUGUCUCCAAUCUCAUGGAACCCAUGGGCUCCUGAAUUCAAGCCUGUGAGCUUGCCAAAGACGUUUGUCACCCCUGUGGUAAUGGGUCCAGCAAAACCAAAGUCUCAUGUUGUUUCACCAUGGAGACCAGCAGGAACUGGUCCUGGUUCACCUCAUCAGUCAAUGAGAUCGGGUAUCAUCAACUCACAUUCAAAAUCACGGUUAAAUCAGUAUGGCAUCCAGCAGUUGCAGACUUGCGCGUAUCCAUUUCCACAGCAUAUCAAUAGGAAGAUAUUAGGAACAACUAAAAUGCUUAUUUUGAUGAGGGGACCACCUGGAUCUGGGAAAAGUACCCUAGCCAGAAUGCUUGUUCAACAGGGGCCUAAUGGAAUGAUUUUCAGCACAGAUGAUUAUUUUUGUCGAAAUGGACGCUACCAGUUUGAUCCUGAUUUGAUUGGAAAGGCUCAUGAAUGGAAUCAAAAGCGAGCCAAAGAAGCCAUGGAAAAAGGUUACUCUCCUGUAAUAAUAGAUAAUACAAAUACACAAGCGUGGGAGAUGAAAUCUUACAUCACUAUGGCUGUGAAGCACAAUUAUAAUGUUGUAUUUCGUGAACCAGAUACCUGGUGGAAGUUUAAACCGUGGGAGCUUGAAAGACGUAAUAUUCAUGGGGUGUCGAAGGAGAAAAUUAAAGCAAUCAUAGAUCACUAUGAGCACCAUGUUACAGUCAACACUAUAAUAAAGUCAUCCGAACCUAAAAUUCCCGAAACAGAAGCUGUAGAACUGUGUCCUACAAGUGGAGCAAUGAAUGGAGACCUACAUCACAUGACUGUGGCAACAGGACCAUCAGCUUCUUCAGUGUGCCAGGUUUUACCUGAUUCCUUGAUGCCUCCUUUUAAGAGUACAGAACACUUGUCAACUACUGAAAUAAACACAGCAUUCCCAGAUAACUUGGAGCAAUGCACAAGGCUGCCUUCAGAUUUCCCUAGUGAAAGCAGAAAACAUGGGACUGAACAUGAGACUGGCAAUAAUGCUACGUUUUCAAAAUUACCAAAUGGAGAAAACAUACAAAAAGAUCAAACUCUUGAAUCAAAUGGUAGUAAUUAUAAUUUAGCAUCUCAUGCUGAAACUGAAGAUGAAAAAAGAAAGAUAAUCAGUGUGGAAACUUUUGAAUCCAAGUUUGAAGGAACAGAAAAUACUGAACACUUAGAAAGUCACAACGAUAAUUUAGCACUAUACGAUGAUUUGCCAACUGCUUUUAGUACAUCUAUUGGCCAGAGAAUUAGGAGAAGGAAAUGGCAAGGUGCCAAUAGUACAAGUAGUGCUUUGGAAAAUGGAGGAACACCAAAACUGCCAGUUGAAGACGAUCCAUCUGGAGAAAAUAAUUUGACAGAAAAGCCACAAGCUGUAGAACAACGUCAUCACAUUAUUGACCCAGAAUUCUUAAAUUUUGUUGGCGAUUGGCCAGUAGCAGAGAAAUUGAAACCUCAAGAUCAGAGGAAAAAGAAAACCAGAAAAAAAUCAGAACUAAAGAUUAGAAAUAAAUCUGACACCUUUGAUUCUGUCAUUCCAAGUGAUUCAUUAAAAUACGCUGCUAGUAGUUUGGUUGAACAGAGGAAUGUAGAAAUCUCACCAGGAACAAACAGCUCUGAAAUCUCUGCUGAUAGUUCAGAUAAUCUUAAUGUGUUAUCGUCAACUGCUAAAAAUUCUACUUCAGAAAGAAAUUCUGUAAACCAUGAGGAGCAUAAAAUUCUAGGAGCUUUUGAACAGCAAAAUGCAGAAGCAUUGUCUGAAAAACCCACAAAUAGAAAAUCUUUGCAGAAUAGGGGAGUAGGAAAAUCUUGCAAAUUGGCACUAACACUUACAGGUAGCAGCCUAAUCUCUAAGGAGCCUUUGGAACCUGUCCUUUUGAACACUGACCAGAUGGAGAACUCUAUUCUAAUUUCAGAUAAUUCAGAACAGGAUAGUUCAACGCAAACUGCUUCUGAAGACUUUGCUCUUUUAUGGAAGAUUGAAAAUCAAAAAGUUGUUUCUACUGAGUUUAAAAUAUUGACAGCAGCUGUAGAUGAACUUAAGGUAACAGACUUUGAUGCAACACAAGAAUCUAUAAGCUCUGUGAAAUCAGUGCCCUAUAAACUUGUGCACGAUAAAAGCACAUUUGUAGAUGAAAAUGCAUUUGUUAAUGAAGAGGAGAAUUUGCAGAUACUUAGUGAUUGCUUUAAAUCUGUUCCUUUUGAAGAUUUGAUUGAUUUAUAUGAAAAAUGUGAUGGAGAUAUAGAAUGGGCAACCAAUUUAUUGCUUGAUUCUGGUGUGAAGCUGUCAAAUGAAGAUCCGGUGAAUCAGAUGUCGGUUGCAGAUGAUAAACUUGUAACUUGCAGUAACGUACAAGUGACCCAGACACCACAAAUGGAAAAAAUAGAUUUUGAUGAUCAGUCACAAAGUGACAAAUCUACAUCUGUUAUGAAUCAGUUGUCUCAUGCCAAUGAAACUACAACAGGCAUAAAUAAUCAAUCAUCAGUGAUUUACACGCAACAAAACAAGAAACAUCUGUUGCCUUACCUUGGAUAUGAAGACAUAAGCCCUCCAUCUGACAUUACUACAGAAUCUAUAGCUGAAGAGUUGAAAAAUACAAACAUCAUCAGUGAAGCACGUAACAUUGAUCAUGAACAGUUUCCUAAUCCAUGUAAGGAUCAUUGUGUCAGAGGAGAAUGCGAUGAUUCAAAGCUUAGAAAGGAUUUGCCAAAUGAUCAUGUAACAUGCAUUGAAGGUAACAUAUCUCAUACUUCAAAUAUAAAGGUAUUAAAUGAAAGAAACAUGUACUUGUCUGAAUGUAUAGAAGUAAAUGAUACUGCUACAGUAUCACAACCAGAACUUAAUACCUUUAUCGAAAAUUCAAAUGAAAAUCAGUCAAGCUAUAACACCGAGAAACUUGCAACAGAAAAGGAAACUAAGAAGACACUGGAAGGUGAAAGUACAAGUCAGGAUCAUUUGGGAUUGUUUUCUGAUGCAUUGAACAUUCAGACUUUGGAAUUAUACUUGCCACCGGAACUGGCAAUUCAACUUACUGACCUGUUUGGAUCGGUAGGCCUUGAUCCAGAUUAUUUGACUCCAGAGGAUUGUGUUGUCCAGCUGGAUCUGAAUUUGGCAAAUGUAAUCCAUCAGAAGUGGAAGGAGACUGUAUUGGAAAGAAAGAAACAAGAAUCUCUAUCAUACCAGCUUCUUUUGGAAGAUGGCAACUUACCUGAGAAUUUCAAGUGGGACUUUGAAGAUUCUGUGAAAGAGGAAGAGGAGGGAGCUUUUACUUUGAAAUGUGAUACAAAAAGGUCAAAGAGAAAGGAUGGAAAGAAAACAAUCCCUGUGUCAACUGCAUUGACUGUCAAGAGGGAUCUAAUGGAAGGCUUUCCAUUUAUGGACCAUUGGAAUACUCAGGUUCCUAGCGUGUCAUUGAGGGAUAUCAUGUCAGAGGAGAUGGACUUUCAGACAAAACAUGACCAGUCCAUUAUGAGAUCUCUCUUAUCCUCAAAAGACUGUGCAACAAAGUUAAAGGAAAAACGCCUCCUAGAGAUGUUUCCGGGCAUUGAUAAACACUUCAUCAUGGAUAUGUAUAAAGACAACAACUAUUCCUUUGAGCAGACAGAACAGUUUUUGAAGUCAGUAUUUGAUUGCAAUCCAGAGUCAACAAAAUCCAUUCCUGUUUUUGAAAGCGUCCAUCAAAAUGAACCAGCUGUGGGUCGAAACAAGAAGGACAUGGUGAACAAGGAUUUUAAGGAAUUGGACAAUGAGCGUACAUUCCAGGAUGCGGAAUUCCCAAAUUAUGAAGACUUUCGAGCUGAAGCAGUUUUGCAUCGUCGCAAGCAGCAGGAAUGCUUCAGUAAGGCAGCAGAAGCUUAUCGAAGGGGUAUGAAGCCAGUAGCCACAUUUUAUGCACAGCAGGGUCAUCUUCAUGGCGAAAAGAUGAAACAAGCCAACCACAGAGCUGCUGUAAAAAUUUUGAAGCAAGUGAAUGUGUCUUUACUUCCUCAAAAUGUUUUAGAUCUGCAUGGCCUUCAUGUAGAAGAAGCCCAGUACCACCUGGAAAAAGUGCUAUUUGAGAAGAUCGAUGAAUACCAACAAAAAGGUGGUAAAUCUUACCUGACUGUCAUAACCGGAAGGGGAAGCCAUAGCCAAGGAGGAGUAGCACGUAUUAAACCAGCUGUUAUUGACUACCUCAAAACCCACAACUUCAGGUUCACCGAGCUACAGCAAGGUGUUGUGAAAAUAAAGUUGAAUUAAAGAAUGAUUUGACGAGAAAAAUCCUUCCUAAUUCUGAAAGUAUGCAACUAUCUCGUGGUUUUAGUGUUACUGCACCAAAACAAGCAUUUAAGCAUGUGGUGCUUUUUUUUUUAAGUGGCAACACUCAGGGAUUUCCAGCAGCAUUGAAUACAAUGAAACUUUUAUUAUGAUAUGCUGAAGUAUGCCUGUUUGACUUGUACUGGGGUAAGGCAUAUUUUAACCUGAAAUGUUGUUCUGAUAAAUGUACUCAUCAUAAGAUUGAACCUUUUUAAAAUUUGUUUUAUAUAAUUGUCCUAAUCCUUUAGUUUCUCUUUGUAGUAUUUUGAAAUAUCAGUACAGGUUAGGAACUGUCCAUUCUGAAACAUCAAGACCGCCAAAAUUUGUUUCAUUGAUUAUUCCACAUACAUGCUACAGUUGAAAGGACUUCUCCCUGUCCUUCCUUGAAUUGCGGAAAGAUUAUCUUUUGUCGGUAUAAAGUAAAAUUUGUGGGAUUCUAGAACUAUUAGUGAGACUGAGUAAAAUAAGUUCUUUUUAAGAAAUAAAAUUGAAUUUGUAAUUUUGUUGCUCUUUGCACAAAAUUUGUGUUUGCAAAUGUGACACAAAUUUUAACUAAUAAAGUUCUUCAUUGUACUUAGUAUUUAUUAUUGUUUUAAAGCUGUAAAAAUACACGCAUUUUUAAGUUUAGUAUAAUAAAGGUGGGAAAAGGUGUUGAGAAUUUGCAUUGGGUGUAAUGCUGCUAUGCUCUGUAAUUCUUUUCAGUAAAUAAAAUACCCUUACUGCUAUUUUGUUAUAAAAAUAUGUAAAGUUCCCAUGCAGAAAGUAUUUUCCAAUUGAAAAUACUUACGUACAUUGGCUUAGUGCUAUUUUAAUAUGAAUUACUAUUUUAAAUUUUCUCGAUGGAUUUGUACAUUUUUUUUAAUGGAGAUCCAUCACUUUUUAAAACACUUUAAUCCUGAAAGAUUAUUUAAAACCUAUCUUCAAUUUUUUUUAAUUCAGCAAGUUUUCGGUAGUCUCCUGCUGUAGCAAUGCUAUAGACUUGCAUUUUGUUGAAAUAGAAAUGAUGUGCGCACUAUGGAACAUGUAACAAAGACGUCAUUGUUAAUCUUAUAAUUCUACAAGCUAGCUAGAAAUAAUUAAUUUUUUUUGCAGUUUUAUUAAACUUAUAAAUACUUUAAAAUGGUGCAUUUUGUUUAAUCCCUGAAUUUUCUCUGACAUAAUUUACAAUGAUGCAAUUGUGUUUAAAUAUUAGCAGUUCAGGUUGAUCUUUUAAAUGUGUAAAUUAUAUACCUUCAAACAUAGAAGAAAGGUUUUUCCAGGGAUUCCCACACUGAUGAAGCAACUUUUUUUUGUUAGAAUCCUGUGCAUUGCUGAUAAUGAACAGAGGGAGAAUAUUUUGGAAAUAAUUUAAAUUUUAUUCAUGAAAUUAGCAGUGAGUUUGAGCUUAUGUAUAAACUUGUUCUUCAGAAAAGUAGUUUGCUUUAUUGUUCAGCAAAUUGGAAGCAGUACACACUUGUCCAUUCCUAAAUAUGUAUGUCCAGCUCAGACAAUUGAAAUUUUAGUAUUUUUGUAGCUUACUUCCCAAGAUAUACAUUGCAUUUCAGCCUGUACUUGAGUUUUUUGCUCCAUAUGAAUCUUAAAGAUUCUCCCUUUUAUUCUUCUUUCCCCCAUGGAUCCAUGUGCUGUAUGGCUAAGAUUGAUAACUUUGUAAGGAAUCAAGCAUAAAGCAAUAUUUUAGCACUCCAUAUUAGAGCUAAAAUAUACUGUAUUCUCGGUCAUAACUAAACUUGCAAAAGUGUUUUUAGACAAAAUGUUAUUUGAAGUGUAGUACAAACUGUAUGUACACAAUAAUGACGAAAUGCUUAAAUAAUGUUUUAAAUUUCUAUCAUGUUAACAUAUGCAGAUGUUUAAUUGUUGAACAAGACAGUAUAUCAGAAACUUUCUCUCAUCCAGUAAUACAGAGGGCCAGGCUAAAAUACUAAGUAUAUGAGUUCAAAUCCCACUAAUGGAAGCUGGUGGAAUUUAAAUUCAAUUACUAAUUUGUUAAAAUAUUUGAAAUAUAAAGCUAGUCUCAGUGGUGACCACGAAACCAUUGUCGGUUGUUGUAAAAUCCCAUCUGGUUCAAGAAUAUUCUUUACUUGGUUUGGUCUAUAUGCAAGUCCAGGCACAUAACAAUAUGAUUGAUUGUUAGCUGCCCUCUGAAAUAGGCUAGCAAGCCAUUCAGUUCAAAGAUAAUUAGGGAUGGGGAUUAAGUACUGGCCUUGUUGGUGAUGUGCAUAUCUCGUCAAAGAAUAAUGGAAUUUUUUAAAAAGUGGACAGUUUAAUGAAAGGAGGUAGUUACUAUUUUAUCUUCACAUGAGUUUAACAGACAUAAUGAUCAACCAUAUUUACAAGGUUAUAAAGGCACUUAGUACUCAGUCAAUUUAUAUUAAAUAAUUAUGUAUACCAAAAAGAUGGAUCGGUGUAUGUAUUAUGUAUGUUUCUGACAAAAUCAGGUUAUCCAUUACUAAGGUUUAUUUGAUGGAUUUUAAUAAAGCUAGAUGCAGAUAUAAGAAUGUGGUUAUUAUAAAGAGGAAUGGCAACAAGAUCAGUUCCUCAACUGUUUAUUCUUGUUAAUCUUUCUGGGUUAUUUAGAAAAAUGUAAACUAACUUUGCAUUUUUCACAGUUUGACAUUGAGCACAUAAGUUAGGAGAAUCCCUUCAGUGUAUUUAUUGUGAAACACUUGUUUUCCAGUCUUUCCCUGUAGCCCUUUGAAGAGAAUGUUUAAUUCUGGCAGAUUCUUCACUGUGGUUUUUCCUUGUUAAUUUUUUUUCCUUUAAUUACAUGUUGUUCUUCAAUAAAAUAAAUAUUUACUAAUAUAAGCAAAAAAUGAUGGAAACACUGAAGCAGCAUCUGUGGACAGAGUUAUGGAGGAUCACCAUUUAUAGCAAGCAUUUUCUAUGUUUAAGAUUUCUUGCAUCUGCUUUUUUGUUUGAUAUUUUUAUUUUGUGUGCCUAAUAUAUACUAUGUGAUGGAAUAACACUUUUAUAUGUCGCAGUACAUACAUGAAGAAUGGUUGCUGAUGAAUCUCCAGUUAAAUAUUUUACCUAUUCCAAAUCAUUACGGAAAGUUUUUUUCCUCUCGUCAUUUUUUGAAAGAUAAUUAACCAAAACCAUUGGGUUGUUGGACCCAAAAUGUUAACUCUGCCUUCUCCGCACAGAUGCUGGCAGACCUGUUGAGUUUCUCCAGCAGUUUCUGUUUUUGUGUGUAUGUGAUUUAUCUUUGAUCCUUUUGCAAUCGAUAAUUUUUAUUCUGAUAACAAUACUGCUCCAAGCUAAAGUUUUUGUGCACUUUCCAUUCAGUUGCAAAAGUUAGUAUCAGCUAAUUUUCCAUGACUUAACCAGAGGAAUGUAAAAAGCUGGUAUCCCUACAUAUCAGUAAAGCAUAGCCAUUGUGCUUAGUAAUGGUCUCAAGCAGAUAAUUGUGGAUUUGAGAUUAGGAAUAAGAAUCUUGGAUUCAUUAAGAGAGCUCCCUUCUCAGUAAGAUCAGUUUUAAUGUAGAAAAAACAUAUGCUUUUUCCUCACAUUAAAAAUAUUGAAAGUUAUAUUUAAGAGCCUAUAUAAUCCUCUAGACUGCUCAAACACUUUUUAAAAUGCGACCUUAUACUGUGAUGGAGUGUUUUGCAAACUAAAACCAGAAUGAUAUGGUCCGGCAAGAACACUCAUUAAUUUUGCAUUAAUAUGUUCAAGUGGCAGAUCAGCGUAUACACCCCAGAUUCUAUUAAUUAUUGUAUUUUUUUUUCUAUUUCACUUUAUCAAAUUUGUUUGAAGACAAAAUUGUACUAUCAAAAAUUGGUUAUAUAAUUGCAUCUUAAAAAAAUUGUUUUGACUUAUUUUUAACAUUAAUAGUGAACUUAAAGGUUACUGACAGGUUUCAGACAUUUGGGGUGUGACAACAUAAUAUGUAAAUGCUUUUUACUGAAUUUAUGGGUUGAGAUCAAACCACAAUCAUGACUAACGUGCAAAUUAUGCCCAUUAUUGAUCCAUGGCCAAUCUUGGACAGGGUGCUCUGAAAUUAAUGUUCAGUAUAUAUUUGGUUAUUUUAGACUAUGUGAAUUUCUUUUACCAAACUACUGAUUAUUUCUGACAACACAAUUUAGUUCAUUUGACUUUUAUAACUUAGUCUAAUUAUUUCAUUACAAAAAUCACAUAAUAUUCUUGCUACAUUAAUCUUCCACACUAGCCAUAAGGACCAAAUAAUACAGAAUUUACACAAUGUAUUUUUGAACCAUGCAUUAAAAAAGCUGCUGGUAAAGUUUUAAUUUUUUUGAUGUUUACCUCAUUGUUUGAAGUUUUACAAUCUUUUAAAUCUAUCAAACUAGUUAUAUUUGAUUUUAUUUUUUCAGAACAAGAUGUAUUUUACAAAUUUUGAAUAAAGAUGUUUAUAUUUCA